CGCCUCUGGAAAUACGCUCAGGCUUUAAACCACGUUAUUGUUUGGGAAAUAAUUCCCCCUCUACGGUUUUACCUUAAGCGAAAUAAUGAACGUGUUUUAGUUAGGCUUAAUUUUAAACACGCGUUUAUUAGCUGUGGUUUAGGUUUUAUUUUUGUUAGUUUUUUUUUUCUCUUAGAAGUUUUAAAUCCUCCUGGAGAUGAUAUAUUAGUUUUUCCCUUCACCGUUUAUCGACUUCGCAUUUUGUCGAGUGCUCUACGGUGGAACAGUCAGGCCGUGAGGAUAUCCUGUCAGUGUGUAUGCAUGUGUGUGAGCGAGUGUGUGUCCGCGGCCAUGACCCCGAAAGGAAGCCGUCCUGUGCCGGAGAGCCCUGCGGCGGUGUGCACGCGCUGCGCCGCUAAAAUCAUGCCGUACUUCAGGGACAACGCGGUGGCGUCACACAACCUGAUCGACCAGCUUAUUAGUGAGAAUUUUCUAACAGUCAAAGGAGCCGCCCUCUUCUUACCCCGUGGAAAUGGCUCCUCACCCACUUCGGUGCCCCGCAUCACGCAGCGUCGAAACAAACACACAGGUGAUCUUCAGCAACAUCUGCAAACCAUGUUUACGCUUCUGCGGCCAGAGGACACCAUCCGGCUGGCGGUGCGGUUGGAGAGUGCUUACCCUCAUUGUACACGCUACAUGGUAGUGGUGUCCACCAAUGGAAGGCAGGACACAGAGGAGAGUGUGGUCCUUGGCAUGGACUUCACCAACACAGACUGCAGUCAGUGCACAGUCGGUCUGGUCCUACCCCUGUGGAGUGACACUCUGAUUCACUUGGAUGGAGAUGGAGGCUUCAGUGUGUCCACUGCCAACAGAGUUCACAUCUUCAAACCUGUGUCUGUCCAGGCCAUGUGGUCAGCCCUGCAGUCCUUGCACAAAGCAUGUGAGGUUGCCCGGUGCCAUAAUUACUACCCAGGGAGUCUCUUUUUGACAUGGGUUAGUUAUUACCAGACCCAUGUCUCCUCUGAGCAGCACUGCAUCAAUGAGUGGAAUGCCAUGCAGGACGUGCAGUCCCAUCGAUCUGAUUCACCUGUGCUGUUCACUGACAUGCCAACAGAGAGAGAGCGCACAGAAAGGCUGAUCAAGACUCGUCUGAGAGAGAUCAUGAUGCAGAAGGACCUGGAGAAUGUAACGUCUAAGGAGAUCCGUUCAGAAUUAGAGAUGCAGAUGGUGUGUAACCUACGGGAAUUCAAGGAGUUCAUUGAUAACGAGAUGAUCGUCAUCCUAGGUCAGAUGGACAGCCCCACAGAAAUCUUUGACCAUGUGUACCUGGGAUCAGAGUGGAAUGCAUCCAAUUUGGAUGAGCUCCAGAGCAGUGGGGUUCGUUACAUCCUGAAUGUGACGCGGGAGAUCGAUAACUUCUUCCCUGGUCUUUUCGAGUACCACAAUAUCCGUGUUUAUGAUGAAGAGGCCACUAACCUCUUGGAGUACUGGAACGAUACCUACAAGUUCAUCUCUAAAGCCAAGAAAGCAGGAGUAAAAUGCCUGGUGCAUUGUAAGAUGGGUGUGAGUCGCUCUGCUUCCACUGUGAUUGCGUAUGCCAUGAAGGAGUACGGCUGGGGUCUGGACCAAGCCUUUGAGCAUGUUAAAGAGAGGCGUACUGUCACCAAACCUAACCCCUCAUUCAUGAAGCAACUGGAGGAGUAUCAAGGCAUUCUCCUGGCCAGCAAACAGAGACACAAUAAGCUGUGGCGAUCUCACUCAGACAGUGAUCUAUCCGAGCAACAGGAAUCUGUAUACAAGAGCCCACGUACGUUGGCCCGUUCUGAACCACAUAACCAGCAGCACAAGUCCAGUGGCACUCGCUCUGAAAAUAGUGUGCUCCAGACAAUCAACAGCUCACAGCCUGGAACAGAGCACUCUCACACUGACCUCUCUGAACACCCUACCAGCAUGAAAAACUCCGAACAGCCAUGCGAGGACCCCGUCCUCCCAACCCACGCACAUGCAGCCAUUGUAGUGCCAGAGCAUAAUUUGGCAGAAAGCUGCUAUUGCAAAGUGGCAGUGACUGAGCCCAUCCCUCAGCGUCCACCUUCUCUUCCUGUCCUUCCUCGCUCUUUGUCUACCUCUCUCCAUGAGCACAAGUCACCUGCUGUGUCUGAGCCAGAAAUAGACUUUGAUAAGCCUUCUCUGGAUGUGCCUGAUCAAAAUGACUCUCCGUCUUCAGGGAUCCUGAACUUGGCAUUAUGCUUGGAUAUUGAGAGUAGUGUUACUGAAACAGGAGGCGAUGUAGGAUCUUCAAGGACUCCCAUGGCUAUUAGUCCCUGUGACGUUCCUCUAGAGUCAAGAUGUUCCAGUAGCAGUAGCUCAGAGGGCUGCAGUAAUGGGGCGACGACUCGGAGGACAAGCAGUUCCAGCAGCCUUGGCACAGAUAGCAUCGACUUCUUCAGCGCUAGAGAAAAAUUCCAGGGCUUGUUGUCCAGGGACAGCCAGACCGGCUCGCUUCAUGAAGCGAUGACUGCACGCACAACUCAAUCCCAAAGCCCCAGCAUAUGCUCAGAGGCACCAAACCCAGCAGCAGCCAAGGAGGGUUUCUCUCAUUCAGAAAGCUCCUGUGAAGCUGAAGCCUGUGUCCCAGCAGAGCCUGAGCUCGUUCUCACUGACAACAGUGCAUCAGUGCAACACAUUGCGUCUGAACUGGAGUCCGUUACUUCCCCUCAGUCUACAACUCAUAGCUCCGAGCCAACAGCACUCAAGGAAGAGCAGGUGAAGAAAGAGGUGGAACAGAAAGCGGAGACACCACCACUCUCUCCCUCUAACUCUUCUUCUCUAUGUGAGCAGCCAGAGCAGGAGAGCAUCCCCUCUCACUCUCCUCCUCACUCAGCCAGCAUAGAGGUUUCAGACUCCCAGCAGCUCUCCACUCUAACAGUAGGAGCUGAUUCAAUCAAAACAAAAGCAGAAGAGCAUGGAGAAGAGGAGGCACGGCCACUGGAUGAUGACGACUCGGGUAUAAUCCCAGACCCAUCUACCUGCACGGCCACUGUGUGCCCAAGUCUAGAUCCCAGCUCCUCCUCGUCUUCCCUGCUGUGGCUAGAAAGUGAUGCUGAUGAUGUGACAACAAGGUCACAUGAUUUGCAAAAGAUCCAGGAGACGCUGCGGGAGCUGCAGGCCUUCCUGUACGAGGCCAGAGGGGUGGAGGCCUGCUUCAACUACAGCCCUGAGCUUGAGAACACGAACGGUGGCACAGAAUUGCAGCCACGGACCCCGGCCAUGUGGCAGAAAGCCAUGGAGCUGGAGGCACGAAUCAGGCAGGCUGGUCUCACGCCACCGUCUCUGAUGAAGCGCUCAGCCUCACUGGCCAAACUCGACCAGCUUGAGCUCUCCACACAUGACCUGAACGACUGGGACUUUCGAUCCGAGCUGCCAUCAUCUCCUUUCUCUGCUUCCUCUUUGCAUUCACAUUUGCUUUCCAGUAACCAUGAUGAAGUCCAUAAGAAGCAGCGUGUUCUACCUCAGUCCCUCUCAGAGGCCAACACACCUGAAAGCUCCAACAACUCACUUUCUCCACCACAGCACAAACAAGUUGGUAGUUUGGGACAGCCCACACGGACCUCAGCCCCGCCCACUGUCUCUGUAUGCACGCGGCAGCAGCCGCACUCAAAGCCACACCCCAUACGCCGGCCACGCAAAUCAGUGGACAAGAAAAAGACAGUUACUGUGUUGUACAAUACCAUGUAACCCAUAACAAAUGAUCACGGCAGGGAUAAUGUUUGUGUGCCAUAGAGGCGUGUUCUUUUUUUUUUUUUUUUUUUUCUUACCCUUCGGAUUCGUGAGACCCAUUUGUAAGCUAAACCUGAGCAUAUGCUACUGUAUUUGCCAUGUAAUAUGUGUGUAUGCAAAUUUGUGCCCCUUGUAAAUAUUACUGCAAAUAAAGGGGCUUGUUUCUCAAACAUGCACUUUACUAGCUUGUUUUUAUUUGUAAUAUAAUUAUUUUUCUGUUUUUUAGUUUGUGUUUUUAUUCCAGUAAUGUUUUUUUGCACUGAUAUGAGAAGUAGCCUAUCUGUGUGUCUGUAUGUAUGUAGCUGUGUGUGUGUGCUGACAUGGAUUUUGGCUGGAAAAUGGAGACAACUUGAUAUGUAUGUUUUUUUUAAUUAUUAUUCUGUGGGUAUAAAAUAAAUAAAAUACACACUUUUUAAA